AUAAUGGCGAACGACGCCAAAUAAAAUUGUGAUGUGAUAAAAGAAACACAUCGUUUAAUUUAAAAUCCCUUAUAAAACGACAUUUCUAGUUAUGAAAAUGGAUAAACUACGAUUCCAAUUCGCAGUUUUAGCGGGAUCAGAUGGAAAAUCCAAUGUGGUGUGCAUAACCUCAAUCGAGACUACGGAUGGACGCAUUUUUAAUAUUCCAGAUGAUUUAAAACCUGCAAGUAAGCACACUAGUUUAAUAUCUUCGGAUGUAUUCACUAAAAUAAAAAAUUCAUUAAAAAAAAGACAUCAGACACGUGCAGUAUGGAUACCUUUAAACACAGAUUUGAGGAACAUAUAUUUAGACGAAGGCGAAAAUUUACAGUUUGGUGACCAGUAUUUGGAAGAAAUUACAAGAGAAACCGUACCUUUACUGAGUAAUAAUAAAAACACCACAACAGAAAAUAAAAAUAUUAGUAAAGUAGCUGAACGAUUCAUGAUAGAAAAAUUUUCAAAUAAAAAUUCGAAUGUAAAUCAGUGGAUAACUGUAUUUGAGAGUGAAUGUGAGAGAUUUGAGAUUUUAGAAGAUAAAGAGAAGAUUGAGAUAUUGAAACAUUUAUUAGAGAAACAAUGUAUAGAUUGGUAUACCAGUAUGUUGAUAAAACUAACUGUGAAUUCAAACUGGAUAGAAUGGAAAGAAAAUUUGUGUGAAACAUACGGAAAUAAAGGUUGGACUCAAGAGAGAUAUGCAUUUAACUUCAAAUAUCAAGCUGGAUCACUACUGGAAUAUGCAACUAAGAAGGAAAGACUGUUAUAA